AUGAGCCCAGAGCAACCAGCAGGUCAUGAGUUCAAUCCCCCCUGGGGUCAGGCAAUUUUGCGCGCAUACACUCAGCGUCCCGGCCCCGCACUUGCCCAGCGGCGUGCCAAGCACCCUGGCGCAUCGACAGUGCUCACAGUGCCCAAGCUGCACUUGCCCAAGCGACCUGAUCAACAUGCCCAGUUGCCUCACAGCCGCACCCACUGCCACAAGCUCUUCAGCUUCGCGCACAGGGGGGUGUUGAACUUCGCUCCAUCUCACUUCUAGGACAAUAUGCGCUCACUGAAGGAGAGGUGCCUCGCCUUUUGGUGCAGUGGUAUAUUGUUCCUUCAUAGAUCGGCCUCCCCUUCGACCCCAGCGGCGACACCGAACUCGCCUACGCGAAUCUCAUCGAACGGCUCGAGGCGACGCUGGAAGCGGUUCAGCAUCGCUGGCUCACGCACCACACCCGUGCCUUUUACGUCAAUCGGUACACCAUUCCCAAGAUCCUGCAUUUCCUUGCAGCCGACAUCCCGCCGCCCGAAGUCGUCAAGAAGCUCGAUGACAUGCUCGUCGAUUUCGUCCGUGGGGGCAAGGGCAGGACCAGCUACGGCAGAGACAUUGUGUUCACCGCCAAGAACAAGGGGGGACUCGGGGUGAUAAGGAUGCGGGACAUUGUGGACGCGGUUGCGGCACGGCUCUGGGACGUUCUUCUCGGCGGUUCCGGCGCGAUUUGGCAAGGACUUGCGCGCGCAGCACUCCAGCGAGCUCAGCCCGACCUCGACCUGGCCACCGAUCUCUGGCCACAUCCAUCCACUCCCAUCCCCAACGACCUUCAUCCCCGAUGGCACGCCGCACUGGGCGUUCCAAAACUUCACGACGUGCAGGUCAACCCGAGGGCCUUGACCACCGCGAACCUGCUCGCGCUGCCCACCCUGCUCGGCAGCCUCCACACCCCCAUCAGAGGGAGACAGACCAUCGACGCGGUUCAUGUACCUGACUACCUUCGUCUCCAGGGCUACCCGAAGGUGGCGGAUCUCUAUCGGCGCGAGUUGUAUGCGGGUGGGGGGUUUCACCUCUGGACGCCGCCGGCGGAUGUGCUCGGCGACAACAGCGAGUACGAUCGACGCGGGCUCCCGCAGCGACUGGCAAUCGCGGCCUGGUACCGGUUCACUGUCGAUCGACACAAGAACACCCCCUUGGCGGCGGCGGUGGCGGCGGGACGACUCAACGUGCCUCCCCGGAUCGGCACCAGCGCACCACUCGAGGCGAUCAUCCCCAAGCCCGUGGCCCGCUUCGCAAUGGAGCAGCGCCUUCCGGACCCGGUGCUUCCACAACAGGCGAGCCAGUAUACGCUGCUGAACAUGGCUCGCCCCUACACAGUCCGUCGCAUCCGCCGGGUCCUGAACGCGAAGGCAUUUACCAACAUGCUCGGGCUCAAGGGACCACCGCAGCCGGACGACCUCAGGAGCUUCUGGAAGGCAGUCAACUCGAAGGCACUGACAGCGAGGGAGAGGGAAGUUUGGUUCAAGCUGAUCCUCCGCUUCACCCCGACGCGCAAGCUCCAGCACGAGCAAAAGCAUGUCACUUCUCCCGCGUGCCUCGUGUGCGAAGCGCCGGUGGACGACACCGAUCACUACUUCUUCGGCUGCGUCGACUCGCGGAACGUCUGGACCGCGGCAAGGGGCGUGCUCUGCGACGCGCUCGGAUGCGACACGAUCGAGGACGCCGAGUACACGACACUACAAUGACUCUUUGGCCUCCCCAAGCUCAAGGCCAAGCUCAGCGAACAGGAAGGCGCAGGCAGGACGAUCGAGAUCUUCACGGGGAUGGUCUUGGAGAUGAUCAGCAGUGGGAGAUGGAGGAUGCAGAAGCACGGGACGAGGAUGGAAAGCCUGGAGCGGAGGAGGGUGGUACUGGAGGAGAGGAUGAAGUUGAGGGCGGGGGGAGCAAGGGGCGGGCGAGGGCAGUAG